ACACACACCUGUGCCCACCAUGUUUCUUCUGAGAGAGGGAUGUGGACGAGAGAGCUGACCAUGUGGAGUGGGGCCCAGGAAGGGGAUACAAACUGUUAAGGAAAGCAGUCUGGGAACAAAUUCCCCCCCCCCCCCAGUGGAAAAGGGCGGGGGAGAAGUUGCCUUCAGCAGCACAGAAAGCCAGCCAUGGGCUGCGCUCCCAGCAUCCAUAUCUCGGACAGCAGGGUGGUCUACCACAGCAACAAAGAGCCUGAGGACUCGAACUCCUCACAGCAACAGCAAGGCCACCCUGUCCCUGGAUUAUUCAUUAAAUCCUCCAACACCUCCACCUACAAGUUAAGGACGAACCCCUCCAAGAAGGACAAGCGGGACCGCAACCGCAUGGAAGUGGAGACUCAGGCCGGCAGGUCCGGUGUUAAGGCAGUGGGAACAGAUGUGCAGUUUGGCCCAAUGAGACUCCACCAAGAUCAACUUCAGGUUCUUUUAGUAUUUGCCAAAGAAGACAACCAGAGUAAUGGGUUCUGCUGGGCAUGUGAGAGAGCUGGAUACCGGUGUAAUGUUGCCAGGACGCCUGAAUCUGCUCUUGAAUGUUUCCUGGAUAAGAACCAUGAAAUCAUCAUUAUUGAUCAUAGACAUUCGCGAUACUUUGAUGCAGAAUCACUAUGCAGGUCCAUUAGAUCAACAAAAUCAGCUGAAAACACUGUUAUUAUUGGUGUCGUGCGGAGGCAUGCAGAACGUGAAGAAUCCUCAAUAUUGCCCCUCAUUUCUGCUGGCUUCACAAGGAGGUACACAGAAAAUGCCAACAUCAUGGCCUGUUACAAUGAACUCAUUCAACUGGAAUUUGGAGAAGUCCGGGCACAAUUUAAACUAAGGGCUUGUAAUUCAAUAUUUACGGCAUUGGAGAAAAGUCAAGAAGCCAUUGAGAUCACAGGUGAAGACCAUGUAAUACAGUACAUCAACCCUGCAUUUGAAACAAUGAUGGGCUAUGAAAACGGCGAAUUAAUAGGAAAGGAAUUAACAGAAGUGCCUACAAAUGAAAAAAAAGCUGAUCUCCUUGAAACUAUUAAUUCUUGCAUCAAGAUCGAAAAGGAAUGGCAAGGAACAUAUUAUGCCAAAAAGAAAAACGGAGAGAGCAUACAGCAAAAUGUGAAAAUAAUACCUGUCAUUGGACAGGGAGGAAAAAUUAGACACUAUGUGUCGCUUAGCAGCCCAUGCAACGACAAUAAUAAGGGUGAAAAGACAUGCGAACGUGUUCAGGCUGAGUCCCAGACAGAUAUCCAGUCUUGCAGACACAAAGACAGGAGGAAAGGUUCUUUAGAUGUCAGAUCGACCACAUCUCGGGGCAGUGAUGGCAGUUCACAGAGAAGGCAUUCGUCUAUGGCCAGGAUACAUUCCAUGACUAUUGAAGCACCUAUUACUAAGGUGAUCAAUAUAAUCAAUGCUGCACAAGAAAGCAGUCCCAUGCCAGUUGCUGAGGCUUUGGAUCGGGUCCUUGAGAUUCUGAGGACCACCGAGCUAUACUCUCCCCAGCUUGGGACAAAAGAUGAAGACCCUCAUACAAGUGACCUUGUCGGAGGCUUGAUGACGGACGGUCUACGAAGAUUAUCAGGGAAUGAGUAUAUAUUAUCAGCAAAACAAACUCAUCAGGUUCCAGGCAGCUUAAUCUCGCCCAUCUCCCUUAAUGACAUCCCACCUCGAAUAGCACAAGCAAUGGAAAACGAAGAGCACUGGGACUUUAAUAUCUUUGAAUUGGAAGCAGCGACCCAUAAAAGGCCUUUGGUUUAUCUUGGUCUCAAAAUGUUUGCUCGCUUUGGGAUCUGUGAGUUCCUCAACUGUUCCGAAUCAACUCUGAGGUCAUGGCUGCAAAUUAUUGAAGCCAAUUAUCACUCAUCCAAUUCUUACCACAACUCGACCCAUGCUGCUGACGUCCUCCACGCCACAGCCUACUUCCUUUCUAAAGAAAGGGUAAAACAAACUUUGGAUCCCAUCGAUGAAGUUGCUGCCCUCCUUGCUGCCACCGUUCACGAUGUGGAUCACCCAGGCCGGACGAAUUCUUUCCUGUGUAACGCAGGAAGUGAGCUGGCCAUUUUGUACAAUGACACUGCAGUGCUGGAGAGCCAUCACGCCGCUUUGGCCUUCCAGCUCACCACACGGGACGAUAAAUGCAAUAUUUUUAAAAACAUGGAGCGGAACGAGUAUCGAACCCUCCGGCAAGCCAUUAUCGACAUGGUCCUGGCAACGGAAAUGACCAAGCACUUUGAACAUGUCAACAAGUUUGUCAACAGCAUCAACAAGCCUUUGGCAGCCCUUGAAGAGAAUGGAAGCACGAGCAACGAUGGCGACUCCAUCAAAAAUGUCCUCACGUCUCCUGAAAACCGAAUCCUGAUUAAGCGGAUGCUAAUUAAGUGUGCCGAUAUUUCCAACCCCUGCCGGGCGCUGGAGCAGUGUGUAGAGUGGGCCGGUCGCAUCUCUGAAGAAUAUUUUGCGCAGACGGAUGAGGAGAAAAGGCAAGGGUUGCCCGUGGUGAUGCCAGUUUUUGACAGGAAUACCUGUAGUAUCCCGAAAUCUCAAAUAUCGUUCAUUGAUUAUUUCAUCACCGACAUGUUCGAUGCGUGGGACGCAUUUGCAGACCUGCCGAAUUUGAUGCAACACCUGGACAACAACUUCAAAUACUGGAAGGGGCUGGAUGACAGGAAGCUACGGACUCUUCGGCCCCCGCCUGAAUAAGCCAUCAACCUCACCACUGAAUAUGUACUUUGGCCCAUCUGGAAAAACAUAUCCCUUCAAGUCCAGAUUUGAUGGUGCAUUUUCAGAUUGAUUUGGGUCUUUUCAGUAUUACAGUAAGGCCUUCCUGUACACAGCUUUGGGAGACUUUGGUGUUCCAGAAAGCCCUUGAGAUUAGCAGUAGGCACCUGCUAACUGCCAUGCAGGGACUUGGUCUUUAGUAAAGCCUUUCAAGUUUAAUUACACUGGAUUGCUUCAGUGCCUAUACUGGAGAGGGCUGAUGGGCAUUCUCUUUGCAUCAGAAUGUGAAGCUUGAAGGCAGACUCCUCUAAACGACUGAACAAGCAAUGGCGAAAAAUCCCAUGUGGACAAGUGGAUGCGUUCAUAAUGCUAACAAGGAUGCUUUUUCAUGAGCACUUCAAAGAAAAAUGACGUUGAACAAUCUAAUAUUUGACACACAGACCUUUUGUGAAGGAGUAUCAUUUUUUUUUGAUCUUCUGAAAAACGGACCUAUAUUUUUUAAUAUCACAGAAGGUGCAAAAUCAUUCACUGCUGGGCACUACUGAGAGCAAAGUCUCUUCAAAGAAAUUUCGUAGCAACUGUUGACAAACAACAGACCAACCCAACCCUGCGCAUUUCUUUCUUUCUUUUUUUUUGGAAAUUGAUUGUUAGGCCUCUAUGAUUAAAAUGUGUUUUAUUUAUUUUGUCAGAUGUUUAAUAUUUUCUAUGAAUUUAUAUUAAAAAAAAGACUUUAAAAGCCAAAGCCAACUUUAGACGCAUUACAGAUUUACAUGAUUCAUACUUGUUAUGCAUUUAAUUGAUGUACAAAAACCUUUUAUUUUCAUAAUGCAAAAUGCCGUACAAAUGAGGAGAGGACACAUUUUUAUUGCACUGUAAGGAUAGAUGCAUAUGUUGAAAUAUUGUCCAAUUCUAUGUUAAUUAAAAUAAGUUUUUUUUAAAAAAAACAACAACAACAAAGGAUCUCAUUGUAGAGGCAAAAAAAAAUGAAAUAAAAUGGAUAUAUCAUAUGAGCA